AUGUCAUCUCGAUUAGUUCUACUGUCGUCAAGACUGACAAGGUCUCAUAAUCUCGCUAAAUGUUUCAAAUCUCCACCUCGGAACGCAUGCCGCCGAGCUUUUGCUACGCACCGGGACCCUGUUGUCCCUAGUUCACUACUGUCCCAGGCACUCGAUCAGAGGCAGAGAGCUGCACGAAGGGAGGACAGUGUUGGUCCGUUUCAACUGGGGAUCGUGCCCCCCACUCCCGACGAAGUAGACAAUGUCAAGAAAUGGUCGGAGCUCAGUGCAGGAGGCAAAGUCGCCCGUGCAACUGCUCGGACUACCAGUUUGACAGUUAUUUUAUUCGGGGCUGGUUUAUCGGCCAUGCUCAUUUAUGCUCUGACUUCGGAGCUGUUCUCGAGAAACUCCCCUACGGUGCUAUACAGCGAGGCAUGCGACAAGAUUAAGGAGUCGCCACGCGUCGCAAGAUACCUGCCUGGACCGCUUGUAUUCCAUAACAACCCACCUUCUUCCUUCCGUCCCCGUCACCGCAACCACCAAGUGUCUUCGCAAGUCGUCACAGACGCGUCAGGAAAGGAGCACCUGCUCCUCAAUUUCUACGUCCAUAGCCGUGCUUCUGAGUCUACGUUCUCUGCCUCCGCCGACUCGUCCUUCGCUUCCAUCGGGAACUGGAUCAAGGAUAGCACUGCACACGUCUCCGAGCUGUCGUGGGACGAGUAUGUCGCAGAGAUGAAGGUGAAGGCAAAUGCGGUGGCGGAGAGCACACAGCGGCUCGUGAGAUAUCUAGCAGGGAAGCCAGAGCCUCCGCGUCCGCGCGACACUUCGACAGCGGUAGAGCCCGUCGAAGAAAAGAAGGAGGAGAAGGGCAGGUGGUGGAACUUGGCUGGCGUUUUUGGGAGCCUUCGGGGAGCCGUUGGUCGCGGAUCGCAUGAGAAUGCUUCGCCUACGGGAGACGGGAAAGUGUGGACGGAUGGCGAGGUUCACGCAGAUUUGGUCAAGGACACCGAUGGGUACUUCCGGUUCAGAUACAUUUUGGUGGACAUACCCAACUCGAGGACAAGAACACCCAUAAGGGUCUUCGUCGAGCGUGCCAGCGAUGUGAGGGAAAACGAGCCCGUGUGGCGAUUCCAGCCUUCAUAG